UCCCCGCGGGCGCGGGGCCCGGGGAGUGCUUCUCCAAGAUGGCGGCGCUGUUGGCGGUAAAUUCGGCUGCUAGUCUGUGGGGACCUUACAAAGACAUUUGGCAAACAGUUGGAAGUGCUCUUUGGAGAAGACAACCUGAUGCUGUCCACCGUCUUGACAUGAUUUUGAAGAAACACAAGCCUGACUUCAUCUCACUGUUCAAAAACCCACCGAAAAAUGUUCAACAGCAUGAGAAGGUUCAGAAAGCCAAUACAGAGGGAGUUGCCAUCCAGGGACAACAGGGAACCCGAAUUCUUCCCGAACAGCUCAUUAAAGAAGCCUUUGUGCUCAGCGACCUUUUUGAUAUUGGAGAAUUGGCUGCUGUUGAGCUUCUCCUUGCUGGGGAGCACCAGCAGCCCCAUUUCCCUGGCCUCACCAGAGGAUUAGUGGCUGUUCUUUUAUACUGGGAUGGAAAGCGGUGCAUUGCAAAUUCCCUCAGAGCCCUCAUACAGUCUCGACGAGGAAAGACGUGGACUCUGGAACUCAGCCCAGAGAUGGUUUCCAUGACAACACGCUUUACAGAUGAGCUGAUGGAGCAGGGAUUGACGUACAAAGUCCUCACUCUGGUGUCGCAGAUUGAUGUGAAUAAUGAGUUUGAGAAGCUCCAGCGAGAGAGAGGCCUGGGCAGUGAGAAGCACCGCAAAGAGGUUUCUGAUCUCAUCAAGGAGUGCAGACAGUCUCUGGCAGAAAGUAUUUUUGCUUGGGCUUGCCAGUCACCAUUAGGCAAAGAUGACACUCUUCUUCUUAUUGGACAUUUGGAAAGAGUGACCGUUGAGGCUAAUGGAUCCUUGGAUGGAGUGAAUCUGGCUCUUCUGAUGGCGCUUCUGUACUGUUUUGAUACCAGUUUUAUAGAGCCAAGCACCGAGGAACGGGAUGAUAUGAUCCAUCGUCUUCCACUGCUGACGGAGAGACAGUACAUUGCCACAAUUCACUCUCGCCUGCAGGACGCGCAGCCUUGGAAGCUGCCGGGGCUGCGAGCCACUGUGAGGCUGGCUUGGGCGCUGGCAUUGAGGGAAGUCUCCCAGUUACCUGACGUGACAGCACUGGCUGAAUUCACAGAAGCAGAUGAAGCAAUGGCAGAGCUCGCGAUUGCCGACAACGUCUUUCUGUUCCUCACCGAAUCUGUCGUGGCGUCAGAAAACUUUUAUCAGGAGGAAUUUUAUAUUCGUAGAAUCCAUCAUCUCAUCACAGGCUUCCUUGCACUUAUGCCAAUGAAGGUGAAGCAGCUGAAGAACCGGGCUGAUGAGGACGCCCGCAUGAUCCACAUGAGUGUCCAGAUGGGUAACGAGCCCCCCAUGUCACUCAGGAGAGACCUGGAGCACUUGAUGCUCUUGAUUGGUGAACUAUAUAAAAAAAACCCUUUUCAUUUGGAGCUUGCCCUAGAGUACUGGUGCCCCUCAGAGCCUCUGCAGAACCCCACCAUCAUGGGCUCUUAUCUGGGAGUGGCUCAUCAGCGACCCCCUCAACGCCAGGUUGUCUUGUCAAAGUUUGUUAGGCAAAUGAGUGACCUGUUGCCUCAAACUAUUUAUAUUGCUUAUUUGAAAAUGCUGCAGGGAUUGGCCAGUGGGCCUCAGUGUGCGCACUAUUGCUUCAGCCUGCUCAAGGUCAACGGGAGCAGCCACGUUGAAAAUAUUCAGGGAGCAGGUGGCUGUCCUGUUUCCUGGGAGCAUUUCUUUCACUCCCUACUUCUUUACCAUGAAUAUCUCCGGAAGGAUCUUCCAAGUGCAGAUAGUGUCCAGUACCGUCACCUUCCUUCACGUGGCAUUACUCAGAAGGAACAAGAUGGCUUGAUUGCUUUUCUGCAGCUUACAACUACCAUCAUCACUUGGAGUGAGAGCGCUCGCCUGGCGCUCUGUGAGCACCCUCAGUGGACGCCCGUCGUGGUGAUCCUGGGGCUCCUGCAGUGCAGCAUCCCCCCUGUUCUGAAGGCCGAGCUCCUGAAGACGCUCGCAGCUUUUGGAAAGUCCCCGGAAAUUGCUGCUUCCCUCUGGCAGUCACUGGAGUACACUCAGAUACUGCAGACCGUCCGAGUUCCAAGCCAGAGACAAGCUAUUGGCAUUGAGGUUGAGCUCAAUGAAAUAGAAUCCCGGUGUGAGGAGUACCCAUUGACUCGGGCCUUUUGCCAGUUGAUUAGCGCCCUGGUGGAGAGCUCCUUCCCUUCCAAUUUGGGGGCUGGCCUGCGCCCCCCUGGCUUUGACCCUUAUCUGCAGUUUCUUAGAGAUUCUGUGUUUCUUCGCUUCCGUACAAGAGCCUACCGGAGAGCAGCGGAAAAGUGGGAAGUGGCGGAGGUUGUGUUGGAGGUGUUCUACAAGCUGCUCAGAGAUUAUGAGCCUCAGCUGGAAGAUUUUAUAGACCAGUUUGUGGAGCUGCAAGGAGAAGAAAUCAUGGCCUAUAAGCCACCUGGCUUCAGUCUGAUGUAUCAUCUUCUGAACGAGUCACCGAUGUUGGAACUUGCUCUCAGUUUACUGGAAGAAGGAGUCAAACAGCUCGAUACCUAUGCCCCCUUUCCUGGAAAGAAACAUCUAGAAAGAGCAGUGCAGCACUGCUUGGCACUCCUCAACCUUACUCUGCAGAAGGAAAAUCUCUUCAUGGAUCUCCUGCGAGAGAGUCAGCUGGCACUCAUAGUCUCUCCUUUAGAGCAACUGCUGCAGGGCAUCAAUCCCAGAACUAAGAAGGCGGACAAUGUGGUCAACAUUGCCAGGUAUCUGUCUCAUGGGAACAGUAAUCCCGAAUUGGCUUUUGAAAGUGCCAAGAUCCUGUGCUGUAUCUCUUGCAAUUCUAACAUUCAGAUAAAACUGGUUGGAGAUUUCACACAUGACCAGAGUGUGAGCCAGAAGCUGAUGGCUGGAUUCGUGGAGUGCUUGGACAAUGAAGAUGCAGAAGAUUUUGUGCGUGUGGAAGAGGGAUCAGAAAUUGAAAAGAAGUUAGCUGCAAUUCGUCACGAGACAAAGAUCCACAUCUUGAAUCUUCUCAUCACCUCUCUGGAGCGCAACCCCCCCAAUCUGGCUCUCUACCUGUUAGGCUUUGAAUUAAAGAAACCUGUCAGCACCACAAACCUACAAGACCCAGUUGUGUUAGGCUGUCCUCGGACGUGCCUGCACGCCAUCCUCAACAUGCUGGAGAAAGGAACGGAAGGGAGAGGCGGCCCCGUGGCAGUGCGAGAGCGCCCCCAGCUGGCCGAGCUGUGCUACCAGGUGAUACAUCAGUUAUGUGCCUGCUCUGAUACAUCUGGUCCUACUAUGAGGUAUUUGAGAACCAGUCAAGAUUUCUUAUUCUCCCAUUUGCAGCAUCUACCUUUUUCUAACAAAGAGUAUGAAAUCUCUAUGCUGGAACAAAUGUCAUGGCUUAUGAAGACAGCCUCAAUAGAGCUAAGGGUAACUUCUCUGAAUCGUCAGAGGUCACAUACCCAGAGGCUUCUGCACCUCUUACUGGAUGACAUGCCAGUGAAACCUUACACAGAUGGUGAAGGAGGAAUAGAAGAUGAAAAUAGGUCUGUCUCCGGGUUCCUUCACUUUGACACUGCUACAAAAGUACGUCGAAAAAUUCUAAGUAUUCUUGAUUCGAUUGACUUCAGUCAGGAGAUCCCUGAGCCUUUGCAGUUGGACUUCUUUGAUCGGGCCCAGAUUGAGCAGGUUAUUGCUAACUGUGAGCACAAGAAUUUACGGGGACAGACAGUCUGCAAUGUCAAGCUUCUUCAUAGGGUUUUGGUGGCAGAAGUCAAUGCUCUUCAGGGAAUGGCGGCCAUAGGACAGAGGCCUCUUCUCAUGGAGGAAAUCAGCACUAUUCUUCAGUAUGUGGUAGGAAGAAACAAAUUGCUCCAGUGCCUUCAUGCAAAGCGGCACGCUCUGGAGUCGUGGAGGCAGCUGGUGGAGAUUAUAUUGACAGCUUGUCCGCAGGACCUCAUUCAGGCAGAAGAUCGACAGCUGAUCAUUCGUGAUAUUUUACAAGAUGUGCAUGACAAGAUCCUGGAUGACGAGGCAGCACAGGAGCUGAUGCCCGUGGUCGCAGGCGCCGUGUUCACCCUGACCGCUCACCUCAGCCAGGCGGUGCGCACCGAGCAGACGCAGCCGCUGGCCGCAGGAGGCAGAGAGCCCCGCUACGCCUUUGCGCUGGACGGCUGUCUGACCCCGCCGCCCGCCGAGGGCCCGCCCGUGGGCUUCGCGUGCAUUGGAGACUCUUCUCUUCACAUCAUCCUGAAGAAACUGUUAGACUUCACUUUGAAGACAGGUGGUGGAUUCCAGCGCGUGAGGACUCACCUGUACGGCUCUCUGCUCUACUACCUCCAGAUCGCCCAGAGACCCGACGAGCCUGACACGUUGGAAGCAGCUAAGAAAAGUAUGUGGGAAAGGCUGACAGCCCCUGAAGAUGUGUUUAGUAAAUUACAGCGAGAAAACAUAGCCAUCAUUGAGAGUUACGGGGCUGCCCUUAUGGAAGUGGUCUGUCGAGAUGCUUGUGAUGGACAUGAGAUUGGACGGAUGCUGGCCCUGGCUCUCCUUGAUCGGAUCAUCUCUGUGGAUAAGCAGCAUCAGUGGCUUGUGUAUCUUUCUAACAGUGGCUACUUGAAGGUCCUUGUGGACAGUUUGGUGGAAGAUGAUCGCACUUUGCAAGGCUUACUUACACCACAACCACCCCUUUUAAAAGCCCUUUAUACCUACGAAUCCAAAAUGGCGUUUCUCACAAGAGUGGCUAAGAUCCAGCAGGGUGCAUUCGAGCUGCUAAGGUCUGGGGUGAUCGUAAGACUAGCGCAGUGUCAAGUCUAUGACAGGCGCCCCGAAACGGAUCCUCACAGCGUGUUUGGCAUGAGAGACGCCCCAAUGUUCAUCCCCACGGCACUGGAUCGCUACCGGCAGAUUCUCCUUCCAGCCCUCCAGCUGUGCCAGGUCAUCCUCACGUCCACCAUGGCCCAGCACAUGCAGGCAGCCGGGCAGGUGUUGCAGUUUCUCAUCUCCCAUUCUGACGCCACACAAGCCAUUCUGCGCUGUCCGGAUGUCAGUGCUGGCUCCUUGCAGGAACUGGCCCUGCUGACGGGAGUUAUAAGUAAAGCCGCGCUUCCUGGUAUAUUAAGUGAACUUGAUGUUGAUGUAAAUGACGGAUCUCUAAUGGAGCUGCAGGGACAUAUUGGGAGAUUCCAGCGCCAGUGCUUAGGACUGCUCAGUCGGUUUGGUGGCUCUGACAGACUGCGCCAGUUUAAAUUUCAAGAUGAUAAUGUGGAAGGAGAUAGGGUGAACAAGAAAGAUGAAGUUGAGCUGGCCAUGCAACAGAUUUGUGCCAACGUGAUGGAAUACUGCCAGUCCCUCAUACUGCAGAGCUCUCCCACCCUCCAGCAUGCUGUGUGUCUCUUCACCCCGAGCCUCUCAGAGACCGUCAACAGAGACGGGCCACGGCAAGAUUCCCAAGCCCCAGUGGUUCCAUACUGGCGCCUGCCCGGUUUGGGCAUCAUCAUCUACCUGCUGAAACAGAGUGCCAAUGAUUUCUUCAGCUAUCACGAAAGUCACCGUCGCAGUGUCAACAAGCUACAAAACGUGGAGCAACUUCCACCAGAUGAGAUAAAAGAGCUGUGCCAUUCUGUGAUGCCCGCCGGUGUCGACAAAAUCUCCACCACCCAGAAGUACGUUCUGGCAAGACGGCGGCUGGUGAGGCUGAUCAACAACCAGGCGAAGCUGCUCUCCCUUUGCUCAUUUAUCAUAGAGACCUGCCUGUUUAUUCUCUGGCGCCAUCUGGAGUACUACUUGCUACACUGCACGCCCACCGAUUCCCAGGAUUCCUUGCUUGCCUAUAGAACCUUAUUUCAAAGCAGAAGAUUGCAAGAUUCCUUCUCCUCAGAACCCAAUCUGGAUUUUAGAAGUGGGAUGACUGUAGUAAGUCAACAUGAUAUAGAGCAGCUUCAAGCUGAUGCCAUCAAUGCUUUCGGAGAAUCACUACAAAAGAAACUUCUGGACAUUGAAGGACUGUAUUCAAAAGUUCGAUCUCGCUAUAGUUUCAUACAGGCUCUUGUCAGACGCAUCCGUGGCCUACUGAGGAUAUCAAGGAACUGAGAGCCGUGCUCAUACUGCUCCGUGGAAGAGAUGGACUGAGCAACACUUGCCUUUUUAUAGUUUGUUUCUAAAUUAUGACCAAAAAUAUUUUGCUAUUUCUUUCUUUAUAUAUGGACAUCCUUUCUGUAAACUUCUCUGCCUCAUUUCACCCUCACUUGUGAAAAGUAAAUACUUUUUACAAAAAACAAAA